CAGCAGCAGCACCACCACGGCUUAGCUAAGAAUUCCAGGCCCCACCCGGGACAGUAGCAGCACCAUGGAUUCUUGCAGUUCAUCUAACUUUCGUUUCUCUGUCGGCUCCACUAGUCCCGGCGCUGUCGUUCUCUACUCGAAGGAGCUCAAAAAGUGGGAUGAAUUUGAAGAUAUUUUAGAAGAGAGGAGACAUGUCAGUGACCUGAAAUUUGCAAUGAAAUGUUACACACCUCUUGUCUACAAGGGAAUUACUCCUUGCAAGCCAAGUGAUAUUAAAUAUAGUGUACUUAAUUCUGAAGAAGUUCAUUAUGUCAUUAAGCAGCUUUCCAAGGAAUCCCUUCAUUCUGUUGAUGUCCUCAGAGAGGAAGUUUCUGAUAUCUUGGAUGAAAUGAGCCACAACCUACGUCUAGGAGCCAUCCGCUUUUUGGCUUUCACUCUAAGCAAAAUAUUUAAGCAAAUUUUCUCUAAAGUGUGUGUGAAUGAAGAAGGUAUUCAGAAACUACAACAAGCCAUCCAGGAGCAUCCAGUUGUCCUGCUACCUAGUCACCGAAGUUACAUUGACUUUCUGAUGCUAUCUUUUCUUCUAUACAACUAUGAUUUACCUAUACCAGUAAUAGCAGCAGGAAUGGACUUCCUAGGAAUGAAAAUGGUUGGUGAACUGCUACGGAUGUCGGGUGCCUUUUUCAUGCGGCGCACCUUUGGUGGCAAUAAAUUGUACUGGGCUGUAUUCUCAGAAUAUGUAAAAACAAUGUUACGGAAUGGUUAUGCUCCUGUUGAAUUUUUCCUCGAAGGGACAAGAAGUCGCUCUGCUAAAACAUUGACCCCUAAAUUUGGUCUUCUGAAUAUUGUGAUGGAACCAUUUUUUAAAAGAGAAGUUUUUGAUACCUAUCUUGUUCCUAUUAGCAUCAGUUAUGACAAGAUAAUAGAAGAAGCCCUUUAUGUAUAUGAGCUCCUAGGGGUUCCCAAGCCUAAAGAAACUACAACUGGGUUAUUGCGAGCCAGGAAGAUUCUCUCUGAAAAUUUUGGAAGCAUUCAUGUAUACUUUGGAGACCCAGUAUCACUUCGAUCUCUGGCAGCUGGAAGAAUGAGUCGCAGCCCAUAUAACCUGGUUCCAAGAUAUAUUCCUCAAAAACAAUCAGAAGACAUGCAUACGUUUGUCACUGAAGUUGCAUACAGAAUGCAGCUUCUGCAAAUUCAAAACCUGGUUUUGAGUCCAUGGACCCUAAUAAUUGCUGUUCUGCUUCAGAAUCGACCAUCCAUGAACUUAGAUGCUCUGGUAGAAAAGACUUUAUGGCUGAAAGGUUUAACUCAUACCUUUGGAGGGUUUCUCACUUGGCCUGAUAAUGAAUCUGCUGAAGCAGUUAUCCAGUCCAACAUCCUUCUGCAUUCCAACAUUGCCAGCCUUGUCAAAGACCAAGUGAUUUUGAAAAUGGACUCCGGAGACUCAGAAGUAGUCAAUGGACUUAUUUUUCAGCAUAUCACUCUUCUCAUGUGUUCAGCAUACAGGAACCAGUUGCUCAACAUUUUUGUCCGUCCUUCCUUAGUAGCUUUGGCAUUACAAAUGACUCCCAGGGCCAGAAAAGAGGAUGUCUACAGUUGCUUUCGCUUUCUACAUGAUGUUUUUUCAGAUGAGUUCAUCUUCCUCCCAGGAAACACACUAAAGGACUUUGAAGAAGGCUGUUACCUGCUUUGCAGAAGUGAAGCCAUACAAAUUACAAGGGACAUCCUAGUUACAGAGAAAGGAAAUACUGUGUUAGAAUUCUUAAUAGGGCUCUUUCAACCUUUUGUAGAAUGUUAUCAGAUAAUUUGCAAAUACCUUUUGAAAGAAGAUGACUACUUCACUGAGAAACAGUACCUUGCUGGAGUUAGAAUUUUCACAAAUCAGCUUCUCGAUCAAGGUGCUUCACAGUGUUAUGAUGUAUUAUCUUCUGAUGUACAAAAAAAUGCCUUAGCAGCUUUUGUGAGGCUAGGUGUGCUAGAGAAGAAGAAGAUAAAUAAUGACUGUAUAUUUUAUGUGAAUGAACCUGCCACAACAAAAUUAGAAGAAAUGCUUGGUUGUAAGACCUCGGUAGGAAAAACAAUAACUGCAAAACUUUAAGAAUCCCAAGCAGCUAUGGAAGAUGUGGUCACAUUAUUACUGUAAUCUAAGGACUCAAACAGGAAAGUGAAGAAAGAGACCAAUCUUCAUAAAACUUUGGAUUGGUGGACUCAGUGGACAAGAAGAGAUGGUCAAUUUAAGCAUCAGUGUGAUACUCUUCACAGUGGAUAAAAAGGCAUUUGUAUCUAACUCUGUAUUUUAAAAUAAACAGUCUUUUGGAAAUGUUUGGAAAAACAAAGUACAACUCCUAUUUCAUUAAAACUUCAACUUGUUACACAUAUUAAACUUUUACUUUGAUUUCUGAAAGUUUUUAGAACUAUUCUCUAAAAUCCUUAGGUUCACCAUUGUAUGAUUUUUUAAUUGAAGUGAAACACAUUAGUAAAAUUAAAUAUCAAUAAAUGUAAAUAAAAACAUUAGUGUCUGUAGCUAUUAAAAUUACUGAAAAGGGCAUA